GAAUACCAUCACAUCUUUCUUUUGACAAAGCAAAUACAAAAUUCAUCAUUGUUUUUGUGAAGAAGAAUCACUUUCGCAUAUCAUUAUACAUGUUCUCAUCAUUCGGGUCAAUUUUUUCGAAAAAGCAACCCUGAGUACUAGGUACCCGGUGUCUCUAAAUGAUCCAACAGCCACCGUGGAUAACGACAGUGGCAGCAAUAUCGACAAUAUCAUCAGCAUCAAAUAUAAUUAGGUUAUCCAGCAAUGGUUCCAUAAUAGGCAGUCCAAAAAACAUAUUUCACAGAAGUUAUUUUGCUAUGCUCUAUCCUCGCUGAGCCGACCGGAAACGAAUGCGCCACACAUCUGAAGGGAUACGAUAAAGCAUCUGUUAAGAACACAUCAUAAUAUAUAAUCCGUUGCACCUACCGAAACCCUCCGCGGCGAAAGAAUCAAGUUCCAAUGAACCAAGACUCGGCAUCUAGUUCCACUCUUGGAGCAGCUCCAGUGCGAAAGGACAGAGGACCGAUCGCGAGCCAGGCUUGUGAUGUUUGUCGACAACGGAAGCAGAGAUGUGACGAGAAUCGCCCAAAGUGCGGUCUUUGUACACGCUUGAAGAUAGAGUGCAACUAUAGGGAGCCAGUGCCGACAAAGAAAGACAAAACCAUGGUUGAAAUCCUGGAUCGAGUGAAAAAUAUAGAAGUUAUGCUCGAGCAAUUUCCUCAAAUCGCGACGGGCAUUGCAGAGCUUAAGCAAAGUCAGACGCCACUUACCCAUUCAUCAUUGAACAACCCUCUUAGCUUCAAAGCCGAGGGACACACGUUCGCGACCACGUCCUCACACCCAAACGAAACAAUUACAGGCCGAAUGCAUACAAAUACUAUAUAUCCUCACUAUACUGCGUCUCAUAAGAUUCUGUUAUGGCCAGCUAUACAGCAACUUCUUCUAAAAGCUGCGCCGUCAAGCAAUGUCAAUGGCAAAUUUCUGGAAAGGGGGCCAGUGUUCAUGGUUAGAACACAGGCCUCAAGACCCCCGUUAUCCUUAGAUGUAGAUCUACAAGAGAGACCGUUUGUGGGCAUGCAAUCUUUGGCGAGUAGAGUUGUUGGGGGCUCGCGAACAACAUUUCCGGGCUUGAUCCCCGAAGCUAUGCAUCAACUGGCGGUGUCUUAUUUCGAUACGUUCAACUUUCUAUACCCUUUCAUGGAUAGACAAACUUUCUUUUCUGAGACUCUAGCGAAAGUGAUGUCUGAAGGAUUCGAUGGAGAUAUGGAAUCCGUUAUUGCCUUGCUAAUAUUCGCGCUUGGAGAAGUAGCGCUUGAAGGAUCCUGCGGCUCUCCUGUCGAUAUCUACCAAGCACGGCCCAGUGGCAUCAGAGGCGGGUCGGGGUUAUCUAAACCACCAGGAGUAUCCUUUUUCAACGAAGCGAUGAAAAAGAUUGGUUCUGUCUUGACAGAAUGUAAUCUUGAAAAUGUGCAGAUGUUUUGCCUGACAGCACUAUAUUACCAAUCCUGUUACCGCCAUCUGGUAAUUAUUUGAACCAAAAACUUGAACGAUUGGCAGUUGAUGUAAUCGUAGGAAUUUUGGAGGUCGAUGGUUUCUGCUUCAUCAGCAUGUGAUAUGCUCAUCACAUCGGACAGCUUUGACUGGAAAUCACCGAAAGGCGACCUUAUUAAACGUGCGUAUUGGCAUUGUGCCACCAUGGAAACGACUUUACACCUCGAUAUAGAUUUGCCACUCACCUCUAUGAUGAAUCUCGAGAUGCACAUUGAGAUGCCACUUUUUCCCAUGCCAUUUUGUGAAGACGAUUUAAAGGGGGACCGGGAAUCCAAUUGGCAAGCACAUAGUUCUUCAGUACUAGCAUUACGAAGAAUUUGCGUGCAGAUGCAGAACGGGAUCUCUGAGAUGUCCAAGAUGGACGCUAACUCUUCUUGCUCGGAAGGUUACACCUUCUUAACCGCAGCUGGAGUACGACAACUGGCAUCCCAGCUAACUCAAUGGCGUGGCCUACUCCCCAGUGCACUUCAAUGGGUAGAAGAUGAACCCGCCAGCUUCCCUUAUGUGCAAACGCCUGAACGAGACAUCGAGAAUAUCGAUCCCAAUUUCACAUCUCCAAUGUCACAACAGAGUUACCGUCCGGUUCUCUUCUCCACCGACAUCGACGAGGAACCGGUUAGAUAUCCUUAUGCAUAUGACAUACAAGUGGCUACACUUAGAACUAGAUACUAUUAUGCCAAAUACAUGGUUUAUCGACCUUUUGUGUAUAAGGUAUUACAUUCUCCGGAAUUGGUAACGCCAGAGGAUGCCCAAAAUGUCGCGGAAUGUCUACGAUCCUGUCUUAUGUGGCCCAUUCUCCUGUCACCCCCAUCCCGUUGCAAGCGUCUAAUACCCUACCUCUUCACCUGGUCUCAGAUAUUCCUUAGCAUCUUAAUCAUCGUGCAUCUCUCCAAAGGAAACAUGAUGCUGAAGGAUAUUUGUGAUAACAUGUGUGGGGAGCGAUACCAUGCAGAGAUUGAUGAGACUGUGAGGCUAAUGUUGGAUUGGAUUCGAGACUUGAAAGAUGCUGAGGAUCCAAUUGCGAUCUGGUGUUGGAGUGUGUUGAAGGGCAUUUAUUGGUAGGUCCUUUAUUCACAAUUAAUAUCAACACUCGUCGAGAGUGGGUAUGUGCGA